AUGGCGUCGACGCACCCAUACCGGUUCCCCGUCCCGGCCGAGGGCGAGCCGAGGCGACGCUCCGCCGCCCAGUCGUGCGGGACGUGCGGCGCGUCGGCGGUGGCCAGCUGCGUGGCGCUGUGCUGCUGCCCGUGCGCCGUGGUGAGCUGUUUGACGCUGGCCUUCGUCAAGGCGCCGUACUUGGCGGGCCGCCGGUGCGCGGCCAGGCUCGCCAGCAAGCGGAGGCGGCGGAUGAUGGUCAAGCAAGGUGGCCGCCCAGGCGCGACGCCGCGGAAGACGAACCGCGUCUGGGACCUCGACGACGACCAGCAGGAGUGGCGCCCCGACGGCGGCGGCGGCGGCGGCGCUGUGCAGGAAGAGCGCAAGGACCGGCGCUCGCCGGGGCCUGGCGACGCUAGCGACGCUGCCGUCGGCGAGGGCAGCGGUAGGGUGAGGUCGCGGGUGGACGCGGCGGAGAAGACGUGGGUGGAGAUCUACCAGCUCGGGCACUGGGGGUUCGGCCGGCUGUCCUCCUCAUCACGGCCUCAGGUGAUCAGUGGUGACGCCGACAGCGACGGCGUUGCUGCUGGCCGGCAUUGA